GUUGGCGCAUGGCUUUAUUUGGGUAAAAGCAGUCUCCAGACAACUCAUAUUUGUCAGUUUGUUCCAGUCAGUGCGCCACCGUUGAAAGCCUGGACUGUCCAUGAGAAAAAUUCAUCACCAGGAAGUCCGUUACUCUCAGUGGAGUCCCGAAUCGUCUUGCCACCAGUGGAAUGGGCACGUGAAAACGAUUAUGAAUGGUGCGCGUACAGCUUUGAAUUUGGCCGAGUUGGCAUUUAUGCUCGCAGCAGGCUGUUCAAAAUGAAUUCGAACACACUGGAAAGAGAUGUAAUUUAUGAUGCAACACUCCAAAGGAUUCCAUUAUCGAGUAGGCUGGGACGAUAUGCGGAAGAGUGCUGUGGAACAGUCUGGGUUGUACCUGCGCAGCCAUGGCGAUCUUCAUCAUCGGGAUAUCAGUCGCUGUCAGAUUCAUCGUGUAGUAAUAACGUUAGUUUGAUUUAUUUCUCCGAACAUUUUGUACAACAACCAUCAGCUUAUACCGAAGCGGCUGCUAUAUCUGAACUCGCUUCCAGUGCACCUUCGGAGCCGCAGGUGGUUUUCAUAGGUGUAGUGGUCGUGAGGGAACCUCAGUACAGUAUAAUAUGGAGCCGAACACAUGGCUUUGUCGUUGUAUCAGCAACUUGUGAUUUGGUGCUUGCUGCAGCCGACUGGGUUAAAUACUACUGUAUUCCAUUUGACACAGAAGUGGGUGUAAAAUACAUGGCGCUCUAUUGUGACAAGUAUGAGAAAACGCCGUUAGCUUCUGAGCCACAUGGAAAAUCCAUCAUUUGCCAUACAAUUAUACAUCUUCCACAUGGACAGAAGAAAGUUGUCGAUUCGACCAGAAAUACCAAUUUCGUGAUGGAUUGCGAUAUUUUGGGCGACGUAUUGGUGCCCGAUAUCGCGCUGGUUAACAGUUGCAUCAAAAAAGGCUUCUUAAAGGCACAGGUGCAGAUUUCAUUUGAUCUCAACAACGACUGGCCGUGCAGACUUUUUGCUGUGAUUGCAAAUGGAUCAGUGAAGCAAAUCAUGCCACGAAGGAAUUUAAUCCACCAACAUCAGAGAUCAAAUCGCAUGAAACCAGGCGUCUCAAUCGUCGCGCUGAACAGGAAGCAGCUUUUGAUGAGUACUGCAGAAAAGUGCCUGAGAUUUAUCGAGGACCAGAAACGAAAGUGA